CUCUGGAUUCGCAUUUGGGAGCUCUUAAAUUCGAACGUCUGCUUUAUCUCAUCCCUGUUACAGCUCAUUCGUUGGCGUAGUCUGUAGCUACACUAAGGCUAUACCUUUCUCUCAUCGGAAGGCUGGAACCUCUCCACUUGUCCCCUUGGUCCAAAUUCAUUCAAUUCAUUUCGUGCUUCAGCCGCCAUCUCUUUCUACAUUGGUCCUUCUGAAAGAUACUUCCAAUAUCAUGGCGGGAAUCCCUUGCCUUUACCCUCACCCUUAUCCGUAUCAACGAUGUGCUAAGUGUCCGCCACUUGCAUAUUCUCAUGGGGGGUAUAUACCAUUUGAAGUCCCAGGCGUUCCUCGUGCAGUGCACGUAUUUCCUAAUGAAUUCACACACCUCCAUCCACAGCUUUUUCCUGAUCAGUUCCAACCUACACGCCGGCACUCUGCUCCUAUGAUCGGGUACGAACAAAUACCUCGAUCCCCAAGCUCGGGGAAGCUAUUUGGGACAGGCUCUGCUGGUCCCAAAGCCCCAUCUAGUAGUCCAGAAAGGGAGUCCUACGAGACAAAAGGACCAUACACAAACGACGCCACUCCAAAGGGACCUGUCCCCGCCCCAAUUUUUAAGACUCUCGCACAGAUGCGUAAGGAGACCGAAGAGGCCAAUCGGUAUGUCGAGGUAUGCAGGCAGAGACUAGAAGAAGCACGCCGUCAACUUGAAGAGGCUCGCCGUGCUCGCGCUCGCGAACCUGCACAUGCACAUACUCAUGCCCCGCCUUCGGAGAUCAUCUGGGGAAGGGGGACCGGAGACCCAGACCUCGCCUUUGUCGACAAGUCCGAGGAAUUGGGACGAAGAAGCAGCCAUACAGGAAAGAUUUUGGCUCCAGUCGACAAAGAGAAGGAGCCUUGGCAGGUACGGCGACAAGUGUGGCAAAGGCCUGAACAUGCCAAGUCGUUAUAUGGUUUGUGUCCCGCUUUGACCCCAGCUUCAGUGAAAGGCGUUCCCGUAGUGCGAUCGGCAUUAAAUUAUUUGACUGAUUGCCGAAUCAUUUGGAAGAUAUCUGAGUUGCCUUCCACGGCUCUCUGGUCAACAAUUUGGCAGGCUCCCGCACCCCUGACGGUGGAACAGCUUGAUUCACUGGCCGUUGAACCGCCAGAGCCUGUGAUGCACCUUCUUUUUGGUCGAUGGAGCAGGGACCGAUCGGAAGACAUCAUUACCGUUAAGGGAUCGGAGACGGGCGUGACCCUUGGCAAUGUCCUGUGUGCAGUUUAUCGAUUUGUGUCGAAGAAGGUCAUGUGGGUUGGUGACGGGCUCGUUGAAGUAGCCAGCAACCAGAAAGGAAAAGAUGCUCUCGAGGAAAUUAGUAAUUCACGCUCGCGGCAUCGCUCAUCAGGAGAGGGGAGGCGAAGCAGUGUCGCACAGGCGGAAGGAUACGUCAGUAAGGCCCAGCCAUUGUGGCAUUAUAUGGGCGAACCGAAGUACUUUGGCGGUAUCCGGUUCGAUAGAUCGAUAAAGGAGCGGUUGGGUGACGAAUGCAAAAAUUACGAGAGUUUGUGGCUUGUUGAAUUUUUCAGCACCCCUCCCGAGCCGUUGCCGGUGCAAGAAGGCGGUCGUACUUGACGUGGUGAGGGAUGCUCGGCUGUGCCGCUAUACACAUAACUGUCACUUCUAAUCAACUCGGACUCCAUUGCAUUUCUCACCAUAAUUACCCUACACGAAAUGACACUGCUGCAAUCGCAUCCAUAUACAUGCAUCUUCUCGAGGCUUCCUUAUUUCAGGGGGCAAUGUACAUCUUAUCUGCGUCAGGCACCUGCCCCCAUCAUUGCACCUUCUCCACAAUUUUUCUGCCCUGUCAGUAAUACGUGCCUCCAUUUGGCAAGUGUAAUGUGUCGUUACGUAGCCAGGUUUGAG